UGUGUCGGGAAGCUCCUCGCACACACAGUCCACGGAGAGCAAACUACGACAGACGCUUCUACUAAAAACAACUUCUGUAAAAUCACGACGCUUUUUACGUACAUUUAGAACCGACGCAGAGCAAGAAACGCAGUUUUCCCCACCGGAGUCGAGUAUUGUAUGCCGCGUUUUCCCCUUCUUUUCCCCCCUGGAUAUGUGUCGCUUGGAGAACUAGGAGCGGACAGCGUUGCACACCGACGCCGGGAUGAGUGGCAGCUCCUCGGUGUCCGGCGCGGCGCCGUGCCGCUUCGCUCACUACUUUGCUAUUUGUGGGAUAGACACAGAAACUGGACUGGAACCAGACGAGUUAGCAGCUUUGUACCAGUGGCUAGAAGCAGACCGCCAUGGCAGGGAUCCAGAUACUGCAGCCACAGGUGAAAACUUUGAGCAGAGCCCCCUGAAGAGGACGUUCAAGUCCAAAGUUCUCGCGCGAUACCCGGAGAACGUGGAGUGGAACCCCUUCGAUCAAGAUGCAGUCAAUAUGCUGUGCAUGCCUAAAGGCCUGUCGUUCAGGACGCAGGCGGACCAGCGGGAGCCACAGUUCCACUCCUUCAUCAUCACCAAGGAGGACGGCUCUCGAACCUACGGCUUCGUCCACACCUUCUACGAGGAGGUGACCAGCCCUCAGAUCUGCUCCGCCAUGCAGACCCUCUACCAGAUGCACAACGCCGAGCGCCCCUCCACCAACCCCCCUUCCUCCUCCUCUUCCUCCUCCUCCUCCAGCAUGGACUCUCUGGCCAGCAGUUUAGACGAGGCCGACCCCCCCGCCUCCUCGUCCUCUUCUUCUCGCGGGGCGGGCGGCUACGACUCGUCUCGGGACACCCUGUACGUCUCCAAGGCUCUGUGUCUCAUCACGCCCAUGCCCUUCAUGCACGCGUGCCGCCGCUUCCUGUCUCAGCUGCACCGGGCCGUCACAGCCGCCACCGCCCCCCCGCUGCCGCUGGAGAGCUACGUUCACAACAUCCUGUACGAGGUGCCGCUGCCCGCUCUGGGCCGCUCGCUCAAGUUCCACGGCGUGUACGAGCCGAUCGUGUGUCAGAGGCCGGGGCCUGGAGAGCUGCCAUUGGCUGACUUCCCCCUGGCAGAGGUCUUUAAUCUGCUGGGAGUUGAGAACCUGGUCCAGGUGUUCACAUGCACCAUGCUGGAGAUGCAGAUCCUCCUCUACUCACAGGACUACCAGCGGUUGAUGACGGUGGCUGAGGGCAUCACCACGCUGCUGUUUCCCUUCCAGUGGCAGCACGUCUAUGUUCCCAUCCUGCCAGCUUCCCUCCUGCACUUUCUGGAUGCUCCUGUUCCCUACCUAAUGGGCCUGCAGUCCAAGGAGGGCACCGACCGCUCCAAACUGGAGCUUCCUCAGGAGGCCAAUCUGUGUUUUGUGGACAUUGACAACCACUACAUCGAGCUUCCAGAGGACUUCCCCCAGUUUCCCAACAAGACCGAGUUCAUGCAGGAGCUGCACGAGGUGCUGCUUAGCUUUGGCAUUUCGGCCAACACAGGGGCUCCACCAGGGACCCGCACCAAUCCAGGCAGCACCCCUUCCACACCGGGCAGGGAGCGUAAAGUCGUUGCCCUCCGGCAGCUGGAGGAUGAUGGGCGUAACGGCAACUUGGCAGGGGAAGAUCUGGCUGUGCUGGAGCUGCUGCAGGGAAACGCUACCCUGGAGAGACUGCAGGCGCUGACCAGACGCACCGGAGUGACGGUGGCCCGUGUGGACGCCCUGAGGGCCGGAGUCAAAGGUCAGGUGACUGAGGGGCAAGGGGGACAGACAGCAGUCGAAGACGUGGAGCUAAGGAACGCCAAGCUGAACGUCAAGCUGAGGGAGGUGUUCGCCAGCCGCUUCACCACCAUGUUUGCCGACUAUGAAGCCUUUGUUAUCCAGAGUGCCCCAGAUCUGGAGUCAUGGCUCACCAACAGGGAGCAGAUGCACAACUUCGACAAGGCCUCCUUCCUGUCAGACCAGCCGGAGCCCUACCUGCCUUUCCUCUCCCACUUCAUCGAGACACAGAUGUUCGCCACGUUCAUCGACAACAAGAUCAUGUCCCAGUGGGAGGAUAAGGAGCCGCUGCUCCGCGUCUUUGACGCACGCAUUGACAAGGCCCGCCUCUAUAACGUCCGAGCUCCCAGCCUCCGAUCCUCCAGCUACCAGAGGUGCUCCAUCCUCAAGGAGUCUGCUCAGGCAAUCGAGCAGCGGCUGAUGAAGAUCGACCACACGGCCAUCCAUCCACACCUGCUGGACAUGAAGAUCGGUCAGGGCAAAUACGAGCAGGGAUUCUUCCCCAAACUACAGGCCGACGUGCUCAACACAGGACCAACGAAUAACAAGUGGUCUCACAGGACGGCAACAGCUCAGCGACGGAAAGAUCGCCACAGACAACAGACAGAGCACCUGACUCUAGACAACGACCUGAAAGAGUGUACCCCUCGUCCUCCUCCUCCUCCUCUUCAGCAGGUGGAGGGCUGUCUGAUCCUGCAGAACUCCAUGGCCUUUUGGGAGUGGGACAAUGCGUCCCCUCCGCCUAUCAAACCGCCUAAAAAAUCUGCCUCUGCAUCCUGUCUGAAGUACAUGCAGGAGGCCCGCAGCCUGGGGAAGAACCUCCGACAGCCCAAACUGUCCGAUCUGUCUCCCGCCGUCAUCGCCCAGACCAACUGGAAGUUUGUGGAGGGGCUGCUCAAGGAGUGUCGCAUGAAGACAAAGCGUAUGCUGGUGGAGAAGAUGGGCCGGGAGGCGGUGGAGCUCGGCCACGGCGAGGCCAACAUCACCGGACUGGAGGAGAACACUCUGAUCGCUAGUCUGUGUGACCUGCUGGAGAGAAUCUGGAGCCACGGGCUGCAGGUCAAACAGGGGAAGUCGGCCCUGUGGUCCCACCUGCUGCACUUCCAGGCUCGAGAGGAGAAGCUGGAGCAGCAGCACGCAGAGUCACCAGUGUCACAUGUUCCUGAGAGGAGGAAGUCUGAUACUUCCAUAUCAAUGCCGUGUCUGCGUGUGUCUCUCAUACAGGACAUGAGGCACAUCCAGAGCAUGUCAGAGAUUAAGACAGACGUGGGACGAGCCCGAGCCUGGAUCCGUCUGUCCCUGGAGAAGAAGGUGCUCUCUCAGCACCUCAAACAGCUGCUGUCCCGACAAGCCUUAACCAAGAAGCUGUACAAGCGUUACGCCUUCCUGCGCUGCGAGGAGGAGAAGGAGCAGUUCCUCUUCCACCUGCUCUCUCUCAACGCUGUCGACUACUUCUGCUUCACCAGCGUUUUCACCACCAUCAUGAUUCCAUACCGCGUCGUCAUCAUCCCCAUCAAGAAGCUGAGCAACGCCAUGACCACCUCCAACCCCUGGGUGUGUGUGUCGGGCGAGCUGGGAGAUUCGGGCAUCAUGCAGAUCCCAAAGAACGUCCUGGAGAUGACCUUCGACUCUGCUUUCAGGCCUCACACGCACAUCUCCGCCAUGUUCAAGUGUCAGAACCUGGGGAAGCUGACCACAGUGCAGCUGGGUCAUGACAACGCAGGGCUCCUGGCUAAAUGGCUGGUGGACUGUGUCAUGGUGCGCAAUGAGAUCACAGGACACACAUACAGGUUCCCAUGUGGUCGAUGGCUGGGUAAGGGUGUGGAUGACGGCAGCCUGGAGAGGAUUCUGAUAGGUGAGCUGGUGUUACCCAGCGGAGACGAGGAUUCCGGGAGGGGUUGCCGCACGCCCCCACCGCAGAACUCACCAUCACAGACCAGACGCAUCAGCAUCACAUCACUGUCUGGACGAGGAUACAAACCAACCUCGGCCCAAAUCCAAGAGGCCAUCGGUGAGGCGGUGAACAACAUCGUCAAACACUUCCACAAGCCAGAGAAAGAGAGAGGCAGCCUCACCGUCCUGCUGUGUGGAGAGAGCAGCUUGGUGUCUUCUCUGGAGCAGUUCUUCCAUCACGGCUUCAAGUCGGCCCGGCUCUUCCAGAAGACCGUGUUCGUGUGGGACUUUGUGGAGAAAGCCGUCGCCUACAUGGAGUCAGCUGACCAGAUGGGAGACCUGCAGGAGACAGCGGAGCCCCUGGGGAUGACCUGUCAAUCACUCUGCCACUACGUCAACGCAAUCAACUCCACCCCCAGGAACAUCGGCAAGGACGGGAAGUUCCAGCUGCUGGUCUGCCUCGGAGCCAGGGACCGCCUGCUGCCUCAGUGGCUCCCCCUGCUGGUGGAGUGCCCAGUGAUCCUGCGGAUGUACGAGGACACUGCGCUGCUCAGAGACAGAACCACUGUCAACGCCCUCAUCGGAGUCCUGGAGACGCUCCACGACUUCCCCAUCACACUGGAGGCCUCGCUGGUCAAAGGCAUCGACCUUUAACACCAGGGGGGGGGGACCAAUCAUCUCUUCAUUUUCCCCUCACUACCACCUUCACCUCGACUUUUGCCUGCUUAUAGCCCAUUGGCUCCAGGAUUAUCACACACGGAGGGAAUGAGGGACAAGAGACCAAAGCAGCAAGUUCAGCUGCUUCAUAUGAGAAGUCAGUCAGGGCUUUGGAUGCAGUAUUAUUACCACACCUCUGCUCUGAAAGACUCUUUUUAAUAAGGGACCAUACCAGUGAUUAUUCACAUUUACUUCAUUAACUACAAAUCCUACAAAUCUAAAUUUUGUGUACAAUUCACCAAAAUACUCCAUUUGUUUUUAGAUUGACUUUCUACCUUCCAGGCAGUUUCAGUUCAGUCAGUCCACUAUGAAAAUGACUUUCCUAAAUCUCGUUUCCGAGACAUAAAUCUUUUUAAAAAUACAGCUCCCUAAUAUGUAAUUUCAUUUUUUAAAAAGGUUCAUUAAUUUCCUGAAACAGCUGGUCACUGUAGUUUUUAAAAAAGGAAAUAGUGCAUUUGUUGGGAACUAUUUUAAGCGGUGGAUGAAUCCACGUUUGGAGCUCUAGUGAGUAUUUCUGGCAGCAGGACAGUGUUACAAGCCAGAUGCACUGAUUUAAAGAUGACUUUUAAACCACUGGUAUGGUCCUUUUAGAUUUUAGUCGAACAUUUAGUUUUUAAAGACCAGCAGCAGAUGUUUCUCUGUGUGUAGCUAGCCCUGCUUCUGUAGGUACACCUAGAUAACCCGUGUGCUAAAAACCCGUAGUCUCUCUCCUCGCUUGCGACUAGUGGUUUAUAGCGCCACCAUCCCCACUCCCUAGUUAGCAUUAGCAUUAGCGACGCAUGCCUAUGGGAUGUGGAGAGAAGAGACUGAGCGAUCACUGACACACUGGAACGAGGAAUAUAACACAACAGAUAGAGACGGAGGUCUGCACUGUAACCUACUGACUUUAACACAGUGCCGUGUUGUUCCAGUCACCAGCUCUCCAUGCUUCUCUUCCUUUCUUUUCAUUGGCUGGACUUGUUUUUUGGGCCAUUCUCUCUGCUUGCGGCCAGUGGAUGAACACAAAAACUGAUCUCAGCGAUGUGGCUCAGAGUCAGGAGCUUCCCUGUGGCUGCAUGGACAUUCCUACCCAAUGACGGGCCUCGAUAUGCCGUGUCCAUGUGUGUUAGUUUGUCAUAUUUGAAGGAUGUGUGUGUGUGCGUGUGUGUUUGUCCUCCAUUUAUUUUUAUAUCUUCCAUCUACUGUUUCCUGUAUUGUACCAUAGGAGAGAGUGUGUGUGUGUGUUUGUGUGUGUGUGUGUGUGUGUGUGUGUGUGUGUGUGUGUGUGUGUGUGUGUGUGUGUGUGUGUGUGUGUGUGUGUGUGUGUGUGUGUGUGAUUUGUGUGUGCCUCACACAGUCAUAACAGUUUGCCAAUAUCGUCACUUUUUUAAAAUCAUGUUAACUUGAGGUCCGCUUAUUAGCUUUUUAAAUGCUUUUAACUGCAUCUAAUGUUCUUUAUCAGCAGUUGGAGUUUGCUCAGCUUGAAUGGAGUUGACUCAGCUGCUUUCAGUAGGGAACUUUUUGGUUGAAAGCUCUCGCAAAAGCUAACAAGUGGACUUUGAGUUAAUAUUAUUUUGUCAAACUACUAUCCUGAAGGUCAACCGUGAACUUUUACACAAGCAAGAAAAAAAAAAGUUCCAUUCUUUAAAUCGAUGUAGUAAACACUGGAAUACAGACAUUAACAGAGUGAGUUUGGGGUGAAUCAGCCACCUUCAGUUCAAAUAUUAAGUGAAACCUAACAGAUUUAAUUUCAGCAUAAUAAUGCAACAUUCGUUUUUAUAUGGUACGAGCUCCCAACCUGAAAACGCAGAAACUAUCAGGUCAUUAAUACUUUGACUUUAAUUCUUCACGUCCUACCAGAUGAAUAACAAGGAAUGUCCCUUUAAAUUCAAGUUCCUACUUGGGAUGUUUUCCCAACUCCCACAACUGUGCAACUAUGUUAAACAUUAUGCUUGUACGCAGCACUGUAAUGCCAAUUUGAAGGCAUAGAUUUUUCUUCAUUUUGGGAAAUACACUUAUUUCGUGUGGUUAACCUAGAUUAGCAUAAAGACUGGAAUCAGGAGCAAAUAGCUAGUCCGGCUCUGUUUACAGUUCCUGGCUGUAGUCUCUUUACAAGCAUGAAGGUACCACACCUGGCAACCUCAUCACAAUUAAAUUCCAUCUCGUAACUUCCUCCAAAAACCACAAAUUAUCAUUUUCACAUUUCAUUUUUUUUUUUACCAUUGUAUUAAUUAGUGAGCUUUAGAGGUUGUUAUUAGUUGGGUUUUUGAACUUUAGACUGAGCAGGGCUAGUUGUUUCCCCCUGCUUCCAGUCUUUAUGCUAAGCUAGGCUAUCCACAUUGUGACUCCAGUUCUAGAGUCUCAUAUCUUUACACACAAGUCAUGAGACUGGUGUCAAAAAACUGUACACCAGUGGUCUCCAACCCUCCUUCUGGAGAGCUACUGUCCUGCAUGUUUUAAGUAUCUCUCUACUCUAACACACCUGACUUUAAUUAUUAACUUGUUAUCAAGCAGCUGAAGCUUGUCAAGGGCUUGAUAACAAGUUAAUAAUUAGAAUCAGGUGUGUUAGAGGGAGGAGAUACCUAAAACAUGCAGGACAGUAGCUCUCCAGAAGCAGGGUUGGAGAUCACUGGUGUACAAUGAAAGGAUUAAGGAGAGAAUAAACAACUCUUAAUUCAUUUUCCCAUUUUGAAGGUUCAAACUCACAGUAGUCAGUAACUGUGGGUUGAUGAAAAAAAUAAGCGUUUUAAUGCUUACUCUUAAAUCAUAAAACUGGUUGUUUUUUUCAUUGUCAACAAAUCCCAAACAUCGAGUGAGUCGGUCUCAGUACUUUUUCUGACUUCCCUUCCCAACAUAAAUCUUUAAAAAAUUGGUCACAGAUAUAUUGCUCCACUUUUUAAAAAGGCUCAGUUAUUUCCUUAAACAGCUGGCCACUGUAGUUCAUAGAAAACAUUACUUCAAACCGAAGGAAAUGGCGUAUUUGUUGGGGACUACUUUCAACUGCGGAGUAAUACACAUUUAGUGCUCUAAUGAGUAUUUUAUUGGGUUUAGAAGUGGGUAUGCAUGCACUGUACUUGUGGUUUUUAGAUACACAGAUGAUACUUGUUGGUAAGAGCCAUACAUUGUUGGUUUUGGUCUUUUCAAAGGGUUUGUUGACAAUAAACUAUAGAAUAUUAGCCAUAUCCUUUAAAGAAGUGGCCUGCAAACCUCAAUUCUAGUCUAUGGUCACAAGAGAGCUUCAAGCUAAAGUUUUGUCAGGCAUAAAAGGAAGGAACUGCUUUUUAUCCAUGAUAUUAAAGACAUGUAUUCAUCCCUCACUUUCUCCAAACACACACAAACUUCAUCUGUUUUUCUACUUUUAGCAACAGUCUACAAAAAUAACUGGAACUUUUUUUUUUUCUUUGUACAAAUGUUUCGCUCCCUCUUCAAGUUUUGCUGCAUGAGAGAUUUUUUGCCACUGUUGCCACUUAUACCGUCGUCGAAUCCUUUCUGAGAAAUGGUGUAAAUAUUCUCUUUAGUGCAUGUUGACUUUUAGACUGAGGUGUUUUUAUCGUGAUCCUCUCUGAUGGAUUCUAGAUGGAAGAUGAGAUUUUUUUUGGGAGGGUGGGG